AUGGAAUUUGCUGCGAGAGAAAGUGGAAGUUCUUGUCAAAAACAAGGCUUGUUGAAAGAGCUACAGCUGAAUGUGACAGAGCUGACCUCAGAAUGGAAUAUCUUCAAACAUGAAACUACCAAUCAUCAGGAAUAUAACGAGGCAUUUACCUCAGUGAAGAAGACCGCGCUCAAGGACUUACAGACGGAGAUCAAAACCUUAAAGGAUAAUCUCAAUCAGACAUUGACCUUUGACCUCAUCCAGUCUCUUGCCGAGGAGCAGGAGCUUGAGCAAGCUCUGGAAUAUAGUCACAGCCAAGCAGAUGAGACACAGAAGAGAUGUGACCACUGGAAGUCUAGACAUGAUUCUACUAGAUUACUCUAUGAACAAGAAAGAAAGGAGAAGUUGUCUUUAAAGAGCGAGCUAUCUAAGAUGAAUCAACGUGUAUCAAUGCAGUCUGAGUACUGUGCGGGUAUGGGAGCCAUCUGCUGUACACUUCUCUGGAGAGCUUCACAACAUCAACAAACUAUCCCAGCUUUACUCACCGGCUCCCAGAUGGAGAAUUUCAUGUCAGUGGUGUGUCAUACUCUAGAAAGCUUCAUGGCUACGUAUCAAUCUGAGGAUUUGCCUUCAGAGCAGAGUGAAGAACUUCAGUUUGUAAUGGCUCUAUGUGGAACAGUGACUAACAUUGCUGCAUCAAGCGAAGGGAGAGAGUACUUGUCAACCAACCCUAACUGUGCUCAGCUGAUCCGGACAUUUACUGCACUGCUUGCCACACCAUCAUCUGAAAAACUCAACAAACUCAAAAAUUUGCUUCUAAUGUCAUUGUAUAAUCUGAGCAUCAACCAUAAAGGUCUUCAAGCUCUCAGUGACACCAAGGAUAUCAUCUCUUUACUUGUUUCCAUCUUACAAGGAGAAAAGCAAGCUGAUCUUAGACUUCACACGUUGCUACUAAUUCAAUCUCUUAUCAUGGAAAACACGCAACGAUCCAUACUCAUUGAUGUCAAACAAAAGCUAUCAAUGGAUCUCCUCCAGCAGCUAUCCCAUGAUGCAUCAGGAGAGGUCACAGAGGUCAUCGCUGACAUCAUCCAGAUCAUGAAGUCAUUUGAUAAACAUGAACCCUGAUUUGAUAGCUGUUAAUGUGAAGCAAGUUAUAUAGUACUGUCCCACACAAUGCAUUGAAAGGUCAUGAAUGUAAUUAUUGAUAUCAUCUAAACCAUCUGAAAGUAAACUAAGUGCCUUUUCACACAGUACCAAAAUCGUAAUUUGAAUGAUUCCAUUGAUAAAUAAUUCUGACAAUUUGUUUGCACAUAUGAAACCAAACUAGAAUUAACGCUAAUCAAAAUCACGAAUUCAAAUUCUACUCCGGAGGUGAAUUCCAGUUUAAGUUUCACUCAAAAUUACGGUACGAAUUUUACGUCUGAAAGGGUUGACCUCCAAGACAUCUUUCGAGGGGCGGAGCUUACGUGACCUUUCAAGCACUUCCGUAGAUAAUACAAUUGUCAUGCACUCAUCGUAGUUUCGUUUUUGCGAUGCAGUGCUUUGAUUGACAAGUCACCAAGAACACAAUACCGCCUUCACUCAGGAAUUCUAAAUCAAAUCAGUUUUUGAGUGAACGUGUGAAUGGUACGAUUCUAAAGACGAAAUGCAAUCAUCACAAUGAUGAUUCAAGAUUCUUGUGUGAAAAUACCCUAAGUGGAUACAACCACAAGAAAGACUUUGAUUACAGCUAUGUUUCACAGGGAUUGUAUAACUUGGAAUGGAAGGGUAAAUUUACAAAUAUAUUUGACCAAUCAAGAUACUAAGACUAAGUUUCUGUGAUUUUAAGAAAAUGGUACGUUUCCAUGGAUUCCACCAUUUUUCUCUUGACUUCGGAGUAAUUUUCUAUAAAGAAUAUACAGAACAGAGAAUGGCAGAACCUUUUCUGAUUUAAAAAAAAGAAAAAAUAAAUCAGUAUUUUGAGCCCUACUACAAUAGAAAUUGCAAUAAAACAUUGGUAAUCUUCAACCCACAUCAGUCUUUAUUUGUAUUCAGGUGUGUAAUACAUAACAUGUACUUUAUAGUUGUCUUGAAUUUCACCAAGUAUAAAUGCGAAAAUCGCAAAUAAGCAUUCACCAGAUAGCAGGAUUUUGACAAAUAAACAAAAAUAAGAGAACACACCCUCACUCAGACUCCCUUUAGAACAAAGUUUAUGGUGUUUUUUAAACUCAUUAAUACAUGCCUGGAUUUUGUGGUAGUUAUGAGAACCUGUGAUGACAUAUCUGACCAGCAACAUAGUCAUAGAUCCCAGUGGCAAAGAAUUUCAUUUACAACAUCAAAUUGAACUUUAAAGAAACACCCUUCCCUUUCCCAGUG